UAUUUCAUAAAAAAUUUUGUUGCCUUUAUCUGUUAUGGAUAUGGUGACCACGAAUUUACAACAACAACGACAAAUCACGGAGCAGCUACGUCGUGAAGCUGCUUUAAAACGAAUUACGGUUAGCAAAGCUGUUGAAGAUAUCAUGAAAUAUAUCACAGAACACGAACAGGAAGAUUAUCUUUUGGUUGGUUUUUCAUCACAGAAAUCAAAUCCCUUUCGUGAAAGAAGUUACUGUACCAUUUUUUAAACUUGCAUGUUUAAAAUAAAAAGCAAAUUAUUUUAAUUUUUUUCAUUAAAUAUUCAAAUUUUAAUGUUUAAAUUAAUAUUAUUAUUGUAAUAUCAUUUAUAUUAUGAAUAUUCAAUAUACAUUUAUCAAUUUAAUUUAAUUCAAAUCAUCAUUGUCUUAUUUUUUUUAUAUAUAAAAAAUAUAUUUUAAUAUUUAUUUUAUAUAAAAAUUAGAUGAGAAUUAUUAUAUUCAAAAUUUAUUUUUGAAGAAUCUCAUUAUUAUAA